AUGGCGACUCCAGCGAAGCAAGGAAAGUCCAUGUCGAGCCGACUGGCCGGCAUGAAAUUCAUGCAACGAGCAGCCGCAUCCACCCCGAGCACGCCCAGCACACCCGCAGAGCCACCCUCCAAGAAGCAACGCCUUUCGAACGGCUCCAGCAUACGCUCGCCGGCGACGCCAGUGGAUGUGGACGAGCAGAGGCGCGUUGACGCCAUUGAGAAGGAGGCCGCACGUCGAGGUGAAACAAAGUGGUAUCUGAGCUUCAGAGAACCAGAGGUUCAGGCCAGCGAGUCGCCUUUGCGCAUUGUGUCAGCUGGAUUCUCUGCGCUGGAUGCUGGACAUGACGAUGAGGCACGGACUGCUGAGGAGGACGAGGAGACGGUGCGACCUCAGGUGGCUGGCAGAAAGAGCUUCGGGAACUUCAACAAAGCGAAGGAUCAGAAGGCAGACGAGGACUCAUCAGACGACUCAGAAUCCGACGAAGACGAGGGCGAGAUUGAGGAUGAUCCAACGGGCGUCAAAGCGCUGAUCGCACAAGGACGCAAAGAGGCUGCAGAUCGGGCACGAGCAGAUCGCAAGGCCAAGAAGGCGGCCGACAGCGCAGAGUCGCUGCGACUGGCCGAGCAGCGACGGAAGAAGGAUGUUAACCUUAACAAGGUGCAUUCCAUUUCUUCGGGCGGCGGCCGAGUUUCUGGAGGAGGUCCAUCUAAGAAGUCGUCCUAUCUCGAGAAUAUGAUCUGCCAUCGGUGCAGUGAGAAGGGUCACAUGAGCAAGGACUGCCCGCAGCGUGGACCACGGAGAUGA